GACUUCUUUCUCUUCUCAUGAAGCAAACAUAGAUGAAGACCAAUCAAACUGGAUUAUCCGAAAGAUCUGUUAACUUGGCAAACGACACGAGACAUGCUUGUUCGUGGCUUUCUGAAAUUGAGGAAGAAAGCAAAAAGGAAGUGCCUUUGGAUUUCUAUCUCAUCUUGGGGGUUGAACCGUCUGUUUCACCGGCAGAAAUUAAGAAGGCAUAUCGGAGAGCUGCUCUUAGGCAUCAUCCUGACAAGGCUGUUCAAUCCCUGGUAAGAACUGAAAAUGGAGACAAUAAGAUCUGGAAGGAGAUAAGAGAAGAAGCCUACAAGGAUGCGGACAAACUAUUUAAGAUAAUUGGAGAGGCAUAUGCUGUACUUUCAGACCCUACCAAGCGCUCAAGGUACGACUCUGAAGAAGAGACAAGGAACUUGCAAAAGAAACAUUUUGCACAUACAUCCAGAGCGGCUGCAGAUGGUUAUAGUUAUUCGUUCGAUAAAAGCAGUGGUAUGCAAUCACGGAGGGAGUCCAGGAGAUCGUUUGGCUACUCGAGCUCCAGAGGGUCUAAAGCCACUCGUUCUAACAGAUUCUUUUGACAAUUGCGGGCCACGUGUUUGACAAUCUCGGGAUAUCUGAUCAAGUUAAAUGAUGAUUUCUAGGAGAUUUGGAUCUAUAUAGGGAAUCUACAGAAAGGAAUUUACAUCAACCACUCCCUAUAACUAUUUGAACUUCCAGGAGGUAAUACAAUAUGGUUGAAAGCAUCGAUGCAAAUUCUGGGUAAUGCCAGUACCUAAAGAGCAAUUCUUUUUUUCUUUUCUUUUUUGAGGGGUUUUCUCACAGUUUGUGUAUGGUUUCUAAACUUUGAAAUAAUGAAGUCCAUGUUUUAAGCCUGGAUGGCCUUUCGGUUCAAGGAAAUUGCUUGUUCAUAAAGGAAGUCGAGUAAAUGUACAGACAUUACGAAGAACUUCAUUUUUGUUGUUGUUGCAGUUUUCUACAUCUCCAGCUGACAUUCGAACUAAGAAUGUAUCAUUUUUUUUG